AUGGGCACUCUGGUUUUUUAAAAAUGACAAGAGCAAAACUUGGCAAGCAAAUCUUCGUCUUAUCUCAAAGUUUGAUACUGUUGAAGAUUUUUGGGCUUUAUACAACCAUAUCCAGCUCUCUAGUAAUUUAAUGCCUGGUUGUGACUACUCGCUCUUUAAGGAUGGGAUUGAGCCCAUGUGGGAAGAUGAAAAAAACAAACGAGGAGGACGAUGGCUAAUUACACUAAACAAACAGCAGAGACGAACUGACCUUGAUCGCUUCUGGCUAGAGACACUGCUGUGCCUUAUUGGGGAGUCGUUUGAUGACUACAGUGAUGAUGUAUGUGGUGCUGUUGUUAAUGUUAGAACUAAGGGUGAUAAAAUAGCAAUAUGGACAACUGAAUGUGAAAACAGGGACGCUGUUACGCAUAUAGGGAGAGUAUACAAGGAAAGAUUAGGACUUCCUCCAAAGAUAGUGAUUGGUUACCAGUCCCAUGCAGACACAGCUACUAAGAGCGGCUCCACCACUAAAAAUAGGUUUGUUGUUUAAGAAGACACCUUCUGAGUAUUCUUUCAUAGGAGACUGCGUCAAGCAAUCGAGAUUUGGGAGCUGAACCAAAGCCUCUUCAAAAACAGAGUGGACUACAUUUAAAUUUGAUUUCCAUCUAAGUGUUGCUAAGAUUUGUGAGAAGUCUCAUUUGCCUUUGUCUUGUACUUCUGUGUUCAAUUUUUUCUAUUUUGGCUGAAGUAACCAUUACCAAUCAGAAUUUUAGUACACUUCACCUCCUGAAUACAUAAAUGUUUUCCUGGCCCACUCUGUAAUAGCUUGAUAGAAACAUUACUAUUAUGAAAAAACCCAUUUGUUUAUCCACAGUAUUCAGAAAAAAGUUGCAUUUCUGUACCUGCAGGAAAUUACUCUGUUUUACAUUUGCAUUGUAUGCAGUAACAUUUUGCUGGUUUGGAAAAGAGUAUGGUGCAUACAGUUUUCUAGCAAUUCUUUUAUACAGCAUCAUCUUUGCUGUAACCUGUACUGAUGGCUGCUAGAUUAAUUUAUUUGUUUUCCCUAUUUGAUAACAUUAGUGAUAUUUUGAUUUCAGUUGGUUUUGCUCAUGUAACAUUUGGUGAAGAAUCUGGGAAUAUGACAAAGGUGGAAUAAACAUUAAUUUUGUGCAUUCUUUGGUAAUUUUUUGUUUUUUUGUAACAUCAAAGCUUUGCUGCAAAUUUAUGCAUUUCAGUCAAAUCAGUGAUCUGUUUGUGUGAUUUCCUAAACAUAAUUGUGGAUUUUUUUUAAUGUAACACCAUAACUUACAUUCCUUACUAGAAAUAGUAUGUCUGUUUUUGUAUCUUACGCUGUAUUUUAACACUUUGUAUGACUUAGGUUGUUUUGCUUUGGUUAAAAUGGCUCAAGUAGAAAAGCAGUCCCAUUCAUAUUAAGACAGUGUACAAAACUGUAAAUAAAAUGUGUACAGUGAAUUGUCUUUUAGACAACUAGAUUUGUCCUUUUAUUUCUCCAUCUAUACAGCAAGUAUUCUUUCUUCUUGUGACAAGGCAGUCUCCGCUGUGGCUUCUGUUGUAGUGUCUUCCAAGAAAGAUAGUCUGAAGUUAUAGUCUGUUGAAACUUUUAAUAAAUCUAUUAGAUAGCACCCUAAAUCAAAGUGAAAUUAUAUUGAUGUGGCUACUGUUUUUUCUAGUGGUUGGUCUUAAUUGAUCAUGGUUUGCAUUGUUUCACUUUUGA